AUGCGCGCGUGUCUCUGUGUCCCUCUGCUGGCUGCGCUGCUCCAUCCUGCCGCCUGCCUCUACAACUGUUCCUCCGAGUAUGAGAGGACGCCAGACAACUCGGACCUGUCGGUGGACUGCGGCACCAGCAUCAUCACGCUGGAGAUCAACCUGUGCACGGCCCAGUGGUCCGGAUUCAAUGCCUCGGAUUUGGCCCUGAACAGCAAGCACAACACCUCCGACUGCAAGGGGACGGUGGACGACAGCGUGGAUCCUCCUGUGAUCCGUUACCAGCUUCCAGUCAACCACAGUCAGGAGAACCCGUGUCGGCAGUCUCUGCAGAUCGUGGACGAAGCCCCGGAUCCCUCGGGUCCCUUCAGCACCUUCCUCAGCAUCCAGUCUGUGAUCAUCACCGGCUUCAUCGACACCCCCAGAGAAGAAUCCGGGCUGAUCAGCUACUCCACAGACCUCUACUAUCACUUCUCCUGCCGCUACCCACUGGAGUACCUCCUCAACAACACUCAGAUCGUGGCGUCCUCCGUCUCGGUGGCCACCAGCGACAGCAACGGGACCUUCAUCGAUAUGCUCACGAUGAGUGUGCACAAUGACACUGACUACGCGCACCCGUUAAUUGUGCCCAUAGACGGGGUGGAACUGCGGAAGAAUAUUUACGUGGAGGUCAAAGCAGUGAACCUGACAGGGAACUUCUAUGUGCUGCUGGAUCACUGUUUUGCCACACCCAACGCAUACAACAUGUCACAAACCGAAGUGCACGACUUCUUCACGGGCUGUACAGUGAACGACCGGACGACGGUGCCGCUCAACGGCCAGUCCACCGUCGCCCACUUCUUCUUCAGAGCCUUCCGCUUUGUUCAACACCGAAACCAGGCCAAGUCCACCAUCUACCUGCACUGCAUCCUCAGACUGUGUGAGCCCACCAAGUGUCUGGAGCUGUUGAACGCUUGUAAUAACAGAAGGAAAAGAUCUGUUGCACCAUUUGGAGAGGCCACCAGUGACUCUGCCACCAUUUCAGUCGGACCCAUCUACACCGCCAGAGAAGGUAUCUGUUUUAAAGGUGUCUUCCCACAUUCAGGCAACAACUUUGUGGCUCCAGAGAAGGAGGAGGUGAACUUGACGGGGUUGGCGGUGGGCGUUGUCUUCGGCUCUGCCGCGGCUGUCAUGCUGGUGCUGGGCGGCUGGUUUGCAGUGAAGAAGUUUUACUGGGCAGGAGGGCUGCCUCGAGCCUUCCACUGA